GCGGAUAAAGCGGACCAGCAAAAUCCGCGUAUCACGAGUUUCCGCGUAACUCGAAUAUUGCUUGACCUUAUCGUUUAUCGUACUGCAUAAUAAGAGAUCAAAUUCACCUGUGCAGGUUCCAAUGAAGUUUCAAAACUGCAACUUAAUCUCGUAUCUCCGUACCUCCGAAUCCGCCUAUUACCGGCACCACAGUAAAACCCACAACAAACAAAACUCGAAAUGGGAGUCAGACAUCUGCAAACGUUUAUGGACAAGAAGGUGUCGCACGGUACUUAUAGCGUUCGAAUGGAACGGGAAAUUCAGAAUGCGAAGCAGGCUGCGGGCAAAUCGCCGCCACCGCUGGUUGUGAUCGACCUGAUGGCAAUGUUCAGCUUGUUUUGUUCCGAUGUGCGCGGCCUGCUGUGUGGGAGCCAGGUUCGGCGGAUAGAACGAACGGCCGGCGAUUUUUUCAAGCGCCUCACCGAUGCCGGUGCCGAGCUGGUGUUUUUCUACGAUGGUAAACUGCAGGCGAACAAGUACGAGACGUGGACCACCCGGCAGAAUGAAAAGUACUACCGGAUGCUCGACAUCAUUGAUGCGAUCGAUGCACGCGUACCGCUGGAAAGGGUGGCCGCCCAGUUUGAGCAUAACAUACCGUCCAACACGUGCCUGAAGCUGCGGCGAGUUGCCAAACGGCACGGUAAGGUGGUCAUUGAGACGGAAAUGGAGUGCGACCAGGCGCUGGCAAUCUUCGCUACGAAACAUGGCGCGCUGGCGAUCAUAACGCACGAUACGGAUUUUCUCAUCUUCGAGGGCAACUGGCAGCUGUGGCACGCGAACCGUAUCAAUCUAACGACGCUGGUCGCACAAGCCUACAACAGGCAGGCAUUGCUGCGUACGCUUGGCUUGCAAUGGCAACAGAUGGCGGUGUGGGCAACGUUGGCCGGAACGGAUUUCUUCAAGUAUGACGAGCUGGAACCAUUCCUGAACGGUCUCGGUCCACACCACCGCAAGUUUUACAAGCUGGCCGACUAUGUGCGCUCGAUGCCGAUCACGAAGGAUCUGCAAGCCAGCACGGUAAACGGCAUACUGGGGCGGGUGUAUAAGAACCGGCGUAUGCCAACCGAAGCAUUCGAAUGGUUUCGACAAAGUGUCGCAUUUUAUCAAAUCGAUGCACCGACUGCAGGAGGCACACCGGCAGCGAACGACCGGUUCGGGUUUUUGUUGCAGGCAGAACAGUGCUUUGCGCACACCGUACUUACCGGAGCACCGUUCAACUGUACGCUCUUCUUCUUCGACUACCGUACGACCGAGUUUACAAACUAUUACGAGAUCAUUGAACCACUGAUUGCCCGCAUCGGGGGUAUCCUGCUGUAUCAUUACCAGCCGGAACGAAACCACAUGACGGUGGUGGUGAAGCGUAACCACGAAGAACCGCAUACCUUCGUUACCGUACCGGUAACAUACCCGCAAGCCGUUACACCACCCGAGGUGAAGGAUUUGAUUUCGAAAGACGCAAACCUGCUGUCCUCACUGCUGCCACGCAAGCUGCAGCUGUUGCGCUGGGUUUGUUCGGAAGAAUUGCUUACCCGGGAGGAGCAAUCGAACGACAUCCCGCCGGCCCUUCUGCUAACCGUACUGACCCUUUAUCGAUUGCGUCGCACCGGUGCGAUACGCAUGUUCGAAGCCGAUCUGCUGCUCCUGAUCGCUUAUCAGGAUACGCACGAACUGUUCGAUCCGGCGGAGGAACCGUACCCGCAGCGACUGAUUGCCCGUGCCUUCCGGUUGGCUUUCCUGUUUCAAAAGGUGUACACACACCUGGCACGGAUUGCGAAAGCGCUUGGACUGCCGCAGUCGUAUCGCCCCUCGACGCCGUUCGAUGGGCUGCGGUUUCACAACCUGUACCGGGUGUGGAACUGUACGCGCGUCGAAACGCACCAUCUUGAGCCGAUCAAGGAAUGGCGAUUAUACGAAUUUGCAAGUUAUUAGACGGUGGUCAUCGUUUUUUUUAUUGCAACCACCUAAAAACCUUUCCAAAAAAGGAGGAGUUUGGAACACAAGAGCACAUAAGCCCAUUUCUUAAAAAAAAUCAAAAUGAAAAAAGAGAGAGAGAGAUACAUAUUUAAUCUGCCAGCCAUAUAAUGAAAAAGACUUAAAUACUUACUUAUAAGUAGAUUCAACUACCUCAAGUAGUCAGAUACGUCCUCAACAAAAGCGAGGUAUCUGUACGGUCUCAGAGUGUCCGGACUGGAGGCACUCUGGUGUACCUUACCGGCCCAGGCAAAAGAUUUCCGAACGAUGAUGCCGGCCCAGGUUUCUCAAUUGUUAAAUUUGAACCGGAAUCAGAGUAGGCUGGCCUGCCUAUGGACAGGUGGAAUCCGUUGGUAGCAAUGCCACUUUUCUUUUUAAUCUUUUAAUUCAUAAAACCAACAUCGAAAUACAUUGUUAUUUUCAAACGACAAAA